AUGUCUGGUCGUGGCAAAGGAGGUAAAGCAAAGGGAAAGUCAAAGACUCGCUCAAGCCGUGCUGGUCUCCAAUUUCCAGUGGGCCGUAUCCAUCGUAUGUUAAGGAAAGGAAAUUACGCUGAACGUGUUGGAGCUGGUGCUCCAGUAUACCUUGCCGCUGUCAUGGAAUACUUGGCCGCUGAAGUUCUGGAGUUGGCUGGAAACGCUGCUCGUGACAACAAGAAGUCCAGAAUCAUCCCACGUCAUCUUCAGCUCGCUAUCCGUAACGACGAGGAAUUGAACAAACUUCUAUCUGGAGUUACCAUCGCUCAAGGAGUGAGCGAAGUGCUUUGGACAGACAGAGAUACGAAGCUGAGACACCGAGCUGUUCACAUCGACAAAGAGAAAAAACCGUGA